ACGGGAGCGAGAUUGGUUUUUGUCUCUGAUUUUUUGCAUUACUUAGAAUAUUUUAACGCUAAUCUUGGGCCCUAUGCAAUAGCGUGGCUCGUUCAUCGCGUCUUUUUGGUUGUGUUGGACGCGUCGGGGAUGACUCGGUGUGUAUCGGAAACAUCACUCGCAUAUCCGGGAGAGGUUUAACUGCUGUUUAUUUCAAUGGAAGACGAUAAUUUAUCUUUUACCUUAUUUGAAUGGGGUUGUUUGCUUGUCCGAGUCUCCUCCACGAAGAUUCAACGGCAGCCUUUUAUGACACUCUGUUAGUGCCAACGCCACAUCGUUAUAGUGUGUACACAAAGCGCCAUCAACCCAAAAUACCUACUUGAAUUAUUCAACUACAAAUAAAUAUAGAUACCUUUUGCAAACACCUACCUUAUUGGCAUGCUAUAGUUUUUUCGGUGCGCAAAAUGUCCCGGGUAGCUCGCUCGCCUUCGUAUGCGUGGUCCCUUCGGUGGGGUGUAGUGGGGUCGCCGGUCGACUCAUCAGCAAUGACGCAUCAAAACUUCCUUUCGAAACGCUUCUAACGCUUAUAACUGCGCCAACUCGCAGCACUGAAGGUUGCUGUACUAUUCAAUUCUACUAAACGAUACAUUCACAAGCAAAUCUCACAGAAAUGGCGCAGUCUGCCGACCAGCUGCUCCGGCGGCCGCUCUAUGUCUACGACUUGCCACCGGAGAUUCUCACCAGUUUAACUUUGAAACAAGAUAUUCAAGCAGCACCAGAGACGAUAAAAGCCACGGAAAAGACGCGCGAACAGACCACGAACACAGAGGACUCCUCGAGCUCGGAUACAGCUGCCGGUACCUUAGCUUGCUCUCUUUGUGGCCUCUCGUUUUCUACAACAUUUGACCAUCGCGGCCAUUUGAAGUCAGAUCUUCACAACUAUAACUUGAAGCAGAAGCUCAAAGGGCUCAAGGCUGUCACUGAAACUGAAUUUGAAAAGCUGGUGGAACAUCUCGACGAAUCCCUAUCAGGUUCAGACUCUGGCGAGACCGAUGACGAGGAACACGAUCGACAAGAGAGCACGCUAUCAGCGUUGCUUAAGCGCCAGGCCAAGCUAUCAGACAAGGCUGGCGCACCACAAGAGGAUAUUGGCGAUGACGAAAUCUCUGGGAAGCCUGGCGCUGUCAAGCACCCCCUCAUUUGGUUUGGUUCGCCAAUCCUACCUGUAAAUAGCUACUUUGGAGUCUACAGAGCACUCUUUACCGAGGAACAACAAAAGAAUCCUGAGUUUGUUAAGGAGUUGAUGAAGAAGCAGCUCGAUCCAGUCUCUAUACCGCGACCUGGCAAGGACGGGAAACUACCAGAGAUUGCGUACAAAGGACCACACAUCUUCAUGUGCAUGAUUGGUGGCGGUCACUUUGCUGCCAUGGUAGUUGCCCUUCCACCAAGAGCAACAAAGCAUGGAAGUUCCGCUAUGAACCGAGAGGCCACUGUACUAGCCCACAAAACCUUCCAUCGAUAUACUACUAGAAGAAAGCAAGGUGGCUCGCAGGCAUCUAACGAUAACUCUAAGGGUGCAGCACACUCGGCCGGUGCUACACUACGACGAUAUAACGAACAAGCUCUCGUGGAGGAUGUACGGUCUCUGUUGAAGGACUGGAAGGGACUAUUGGAUACCUCUGAGCUCCUCUUUAUUCGAGCUACUGGAAUGACGAACCGACGAACUCUAUUUGGACCAUACGAUAACCAGGUUCUUCGUCAUACAGAUCCCAGAAUCCGAGGAUUUCCAUUCACAACUCGUCGAGCUACACAAAGCGAACUGAUGCGGUGCUUCAUCGAACUCACCAGGUUCAAGGUGAAGGAAAUAAUACCGGUCGUGGAGAAGUCCUCGGAAUCAUCGCCGAUGCCCAGCAAACCGUCAACACCGAAGCCAACAAAGCCCAAGUUGACAGAGGAGGAGCAGAAUGCUCUUCUACAUACAUCACAAUUACAAGCCUUAAUUCGACGGUCGAAACUUCCGGGGCUGUUAUCAUAUAUCAGCAGCAAUCAAAUAUCUGCAGACUUUGAAUUUCAACCACCAGAGACCAACAGGCAUGCGCCUCGGCCACUACACAUGGCAGCAGCACAAAAUUCAGCCCCUAUGGUGUUGGGAUUAUUAACCCGGGCUACUGCAAACCCUACUUUAACAAACGAUGAUGGAAAGACAGCAUUUGAAGUAGCAGGGGAUAGAGCUACGCGAGAUGCGUUCCGAGUUGCCCGAUCGGAUCUUGGGGAAUCGAAAUGGGACUGGGAGGUCGCCAAGAUUCCGCCUGCCAUGUCAAAGGGAGAAGCGGAGAAAAGAAACAAGUCAGAAAAGCAAGAAGCAGAUCAGAAAGAGUCUGAACGAAGAAAAGCUGAAGAGGAGCGGCUGCGGACCGAAGGUCCUCGAGUGCCAGAGAACCAGCGCGUUGGUAGAAACCAGCUACUUGCCGCUGCCUCAGUAAGAACAGCACAGGAGAAGAGAGAAGAAGAAGCGAGAGGAUUAACGCCAGAAAUGAAAAUGCGACUCGAGAGAGAGCGCCGCGCAAGAGCUGCAGAGGAGAGAAUCAAGAGACUACAGUCGAGCAAGUAAAUAGCGUAUAGAGCAAUUUCGUCAUCACAACCUGGUGGCCUUAUGAAAAUUUUAACUUACCUUGGAAAGAUACAUACAAGACAUGAUUCCAUUUUUAGCAUCUUUGCUCUUGCGCCAUGUUCAAAACAAAAAAUCGCCACUUCCAUUGAUCGUCAGGGCGAGUGGCUGUUAGUCCAGGAACCGAAUAGUCCGAGGGCAAAGAUCAGCAGUAUCAGAAAAAUUCGGCCAUCGGCCGGAUCAGCUUAUGGGGCUUUGGUUCUUGUCAAUGCUGCCUGGCUCAGCACAGCGCUCGUAUUUGUACAUGAGGCCAUGGUCCAGAGUCGGCGCAGGUCUUUUCGGCAGCUGAGUUGAGCAGAUAUUGGUGCCAUCCGAAUCGGACGAUAUGAAAUUGGAAAGUCGACUAAUUUUGGUGCUUCUAACAACAGAGAACACUUUCAUAGUGAUAAAAAUAAAAAAAGACUGAGCGAUAAAAUGAGAAACACAAUCGUCUAAGUUAUUGCUAGUGAGAUGCUGGG